AUGUCAUUUGAAAAUACAUAUAUUCAAUCAUUUAUAAACCAAACUGAUUCAUUGUCAGAUAUUACUAAUGUUAUAAAUUUAAAUAAAUUAAAUGAAUAUCAUAUCCAUAAAACUUAUAAAUGUAAAGAAAGUUCAUAUGUUUUAAGUCGGUUAAUUACUGAUAAUAUCAAAAGUUCACAAAUAUUUUGUUCAAAAUAUUAUAAUCAUGAAGCAAUUACUAUGAUUGAAAUGAUGAAAUAUAUUUGUAAUACACCAGAAGAGGAACUUGAAGGUGUUACUUGUGUUAAAAUUUUUAUUAGUGAUGAUACAAGAAUGCUUUCAGAUGAUUGUAAAACAUAUCUUGCUCAAAGUUAUUCUUACUUUUCUCAAUUUUUAUUAAAUAAAUUUGAAAAUUCUACAGAAUUAAGUAUAAUUAAUGGUUUUGGUACAGAAAAAAUUAAUGAUUUAUUUGUAUUUCAAGUUAUUGAAACUAUAAAGUCAAAAAAUAUCAAAAACUUGACGGGAAUAGAUAUAAAUGAUGUAAUAUCUUAUGGUAAAAAAUAUAAUUUUAUGGAAAAUGAUAUAUUUAAUGGAAUGACAGGAUUAAAAAAACUUACUUUAACUAUUAAUACAACUAAACAAAGUACAAAUUUAUUAGAGUAUGAAAAUAUCAUAAAAAAUUUUCUCAAUUAUUUGUUCAAAAAAGAAAUAGGUUUAAAUAUUAUUUUUAAAAGUGAUGAUGGAUUUAUGGAUAAAUGUUUAAAUAUAUUAGAAUAUAAUGAGACAAUUGGAAUAAAUAUAAAAAUUGAUUUUCUUGAUGAUUGGAGACAAUUUUUUUUCCUAUAUAAAUCCAACAAAUUAAAUGACAAACAAAACAAAGUUUUGGAAAAUUUAUCAAGUGUUAAAUUUUACUUGGAAUCAUUUAACGAUUUUGUCGAUUUAGAAGAAACAAUUAAUUCAUUAAAAAAUUUAGAAACUAUUAAAAUAAAUGUUGGCGGAUUUGUGCAGAAAAUUGUUUCUGAGGAGUCAUUUGAUUAUAUUUAUUCUAGUUACUAUUUAAGUCAUUUUACUCAUUUUAAAUGUAUCUCAAAAAGUUUGAAAUGUGCUGAAAUUUCAUCUGUUUAUAGUUACUCACAUGAUGAUUCAAAAAUGGAAGAAGUACAAUUGUUUUGCAAUUAUCUUUUAGAACAAUUAAUUUCAAUUUUACCGGAAACAAUUACUUCAUUAUCUUUGUUAGAUACCAGUGGUAUAGAAGAAAGAACAUUUAGAAAAAUUUCUUAUGAACUUCCGUCACUUACUACAAUUCUAUUUGUUCGUUGUCAAGGUAUACCUGAAGAAUCACUUAUGGAAUUUCGUGAAUUAAAAAAUGUUGUCAUUUAUGGAGAUAAUGAAAAUAUAUUAGAUAGUCUAGAUUCCGAGAUAACAAUUAAAGGGAUUCAAAGAAAUUAA